CGCGUGAAGUAAAAUGCCUAAAAAUACGCUGAACUCACAUCCGGGUUCGUAUAGCUCACUGUAAAUGAUUUGCAUGAUCAUUUAUGCUUGAGCUUGCGUUGAAGAAAAUGAACUGGAAAGAAGGCGAUGAUUGCCACUCCCAUGGUCACAUGGGUGACAGUUGCCAUGGACAUGGUGGUGGCCACUCCCAUGGCCAUGGAGGGCAUGGAUUUGGUGCUUUUUUGCCUGGUUUCCAAAGUCCACUUUUUGAAAGACCUCCUGAUUCAACACAGCAGCCGACAAAGUUCUCACACCCUGAGGACAGCAGUUCAUGGGAUAUUGUAAAGGCAACACAGUUUGGCGCUCUUGAGAGAUGUAAAGAACUAAUAGAAUCUGGUUAUGAUGUCCGGCAACCUGACAAAGAGAAUGUUACUCUGCUCCACUGGGCCGCCAUCAAUAAUCGAGCAGAUAUUGUCAAAUACUAUAUAUCUAAAGGUGCCAUUGUGGACCAACUAGGUGGUGACCUGAAUUCUACUCCUUUGCAUUGGGCGAUACGACAGGGUCAUUUAUCUAUGGUCAUUCAGCUCAUGCGUUAUGGAGCUGACCCAUCAGUAGCAGAUGGAGAGGGGUAUCGUGGUCUUCAUCUGGCAGUUCUCUUCCAACAUUUGCCCAUUGCUGCAUACUUGAUGGCCAAAGGACAGGAAGUGGAUUCCCUGGACAUAAAUGGACAGACCUCAUUGAUGUUAGCGGCACAAAAAAUAAUUGGACCUGAGCCAACAAACUUCCUGCUGAAGUGCAAUGCUUCAGUGAAUGCAGUGGAUAAAGUGAACAGAAACUCUCCUCUGCAUUGCGCUGUGCUGGCCGGCAAUGUAGAUGCUGCCCACAUCCUGUUGGAGGUUGGAGCCAGUGUUGACCUGGAGAAUGCCAAUGGUCAUACUGCUAUUGACCUGGCACACCAGGUGCGCAGUCCUCUGCUCAUUCACAUGCUUAACGUGGUGAAGACUGAGCGAAUCAAGGCCAACUCCAUGUGCUUGAAAGUUUUCAAUAAAUACAAGGUUUAUCUACUCUGUGUAUUUAGUGUUAUUGUGGUUGGAGCAUUUGGUGCCAUAUUAGACAUGAGAACAGAGUCUUGGUUAUUGAAGGGGGUGCUGCUUGGCUGCAUUAUGGCUAUGAUCAAUCUCACUUCAAGGCAGUUGGGGAGUAUGGCAGUACAAUCUUUGAUUCCCUUGACAGGUCUCAUGGCUUCUGUAUUUUGGAUGGUGGUCACCUGGGGCUUAUGGUUUCUGCCUGAUAUCCACAGUGCAACCGUUCAGAUGCUAUUCACUCUAAACUUCACAAGCCUGCUGUAUUACUAUGUUCGCUCCUGCAGGACAGACCCAGGGAUUGUAAAAGCAACCGAGGAAGAGAAAAAAAAGAAUAUUGUGGUUCUGGCAGAGGCAGGCUGUCUGGAUCCAAGGAUAUUUUGUACUUCGUGUAUGAUGACAAAGCCAAUGAGAGCCAGUCAUUGCUUUUCUUGUAACACCUGUGUUGCUAAACAGGACCACCACUCAAUUUGGAUCAAUGGCUGCAUAGGGGCCAGAAAUCACACAUUCUUUGUGCUUUUCCUAGCAGCUCUGAACUUCCUCUGCAUUUGGAUGUUCUACGGCAGUAUCAUGUACUGGUCCAAACACUGCCCUCUGCAUUAUGCAGAGGAGGGUGCAUGGGGGACAAUAACCACGCUGAUGAGUUGCUCUGCCUGGGUGCUCUACGUCUUCUUUAUUGUUUUCUUCAAUUCAGCCUGGGCCUCCAUCCUACUGGUGUUGCAGCUUUACCAGAUUGCAUUUCUGGGUCUGACAACCGCAGAGAGAACAAACCUGUUGCACAGACAGAGGAAACUCCCUCAGGCCUCGCUCAGACAAAAUCCAUUCAAUCUUGGAGUGGUGAGAAAUCUGGUGAACUUCUUCCAGUGUCGAUGCUGUGGUCUUUGUAAGCCAGUGGUGCUUGACUGGACUCAGCAGUAUCCAAUGGGUCUCAGCAGAGAGCAUCCCAUGUUCAGUGGUCCAGAUGCUGUCUAACGUCCAUUGACAAGUGACUCACUCAGGGAGAGCAGUGUCUCCUCUUGGACAAUAGAACUGCCAUGGACUUAUUAUGGCUACAUUAUGCUAUAAUAAAGGUUGUUAAUUUGUAUGUGUAAUGGAAUAUUUUAAAGUUAAAUAUUUUGUAAGGUACUUAAACAGGUAACCUCUUACUGAAAAAUCGUCUUUUUGUAAGGAGUUUUCUAAAUCAGAGCAGUUUGUUUUCCUACAAAUCUUUACCAAAAAUAGCUAUCAAAUAAAAUGCUGAGUUACAAAAUCUUGUUGACGGUAUACCAUCUGUGGAAAAACUACAUUUCUUAUUUUUUUGAGAAAUGUACAUCUAGAUCAUAGGCGGAGCUCUAAAACAUUACUUUGUAAGUUAUUUUGUAAAAUAAAUUAAUCUGAUCAUAAUAUUUGUAUUUUAUCAAAACUUUGCACUUGUUAAAGUCACUUUUUAUGUUGCCAUCCAAUCACAAUGAAGAAGAGGUAUCUAAAGCGCUCAUCUUUCAAACAAUGACUGGCAUGUGCAGCUGCCUUAAAACCUUUGGUGGAGUCCUUGAUUUUACCCCAAGAUUGUAUAAAUUAAUUGCCAAUGUACUGUUCACUGCAUAUUAAUUUUCCUUCUCGUUUUUAACCUGUAUAAAUUAGCCAUUAAAUUGUCGCGUUUUAGAAGUUAAUUAAAUGCCCUAAAAUUAAUUAACCCCGUGCAUGAUUUUUUUUAUUGCAGUGUAGAUACUGUAGUGAGUAACCCAUUAAACCUCUUACCUUUCAUAUAAUUGCUGUUUAUAUUUACUGUCAAGCAGUAAUUCAUUAUAAUUUAGGAUGCUUCAAUAUUUGGGAUGCUAUAUAAUAAUAAAAACUGCUACAGUUGAGUGUAAUUUAGCUCAAUAUAGUUCUAUUAUUAUUAUUAUCAUUAAUAAACAUACAAUUAACAGUGCUCAUUCUGUACAGUUACAAAAUAUGAAAUCCAUUAUCGUUUUUAUCCAACAUUAGGGCUGUAUGUUAUUUUAAUGUAGUCAAUUAAUUUUUUUAAGUUUAAUUAUCAUAACAGUGGUGGUUGGUGAUUUCUUCUGUGGCGCAAAUUCAAAAUAUGUUUUUGGAGUGUCGUGUGUUGUUCGUCAUCCCAAAAUAUGUGUUUGUUGCGUCAUGUGAACCAUGUGCAUCAUGCGUUUUGUCAAAAUAAGUGUCUGCUGCACACAUGUCGAAACGGUUUAUGAUAAAGGAUACAUUCACAAAAUACUCACAAGUCUUACUUAACUGUAAACUCUAAUUACACAUGAGAUUAAGCGAGUGUCUGGCAAACACGAGUGUCACUUUUAUCAUAAACCCUUUUAGACUCUUGUUUAGGCUGGCACUUAUUUUGACAAGACGCUUGAUGCACAUGGUUAACAUGACGCAGCAAACACAUAUUUUGAAAUGAUGAACCACACACAUGAGGGGCUAAAUACAUGUUGUGACAAGCUUCACACCGUGCGCCCUAAAAAAAAAAGAAGUCACCGGCCGCCACUGAUCUUUAGUUUGUGAGUAAAAAUCAUAGCACUUGAUACUAUGAUAGACCACUCUGCCCUCCUUAAGCUCAAAUGUCAAGCUAUGCCGAUGAUCAAGAUAUAAAUUACUCAGAUCUGAAAUAACUUUGAUAUGACUUGGAUAUACUCUGCUGAGCUACCAAUUCAUUAUUUCUGUAAGUAAAAUGUACUUAAACAUUAACUCAUUAAAUCAUAAUCAAAUCAAUUAAUAAAAAUUAUUUUAGUGGCAGUUUUUACCUUUUUGUAGUCAUUAAUAACCACUGUGUUGUACCGGACCAUAUGUGUUAGUAUCAAAAUGUCAACAUCAUCUUUACAGCAAUUGUCAGUACUAUUCUGUAUAAUUUUUGUAAAAAAUAAUCAAUUGCAAUUGUAAGAAAAAUGUGCUAUUCUUGAAACCUGUUCUGUGCUUUGGAAUAAAUCAGACUUUGGAAUAAAUCUAACUU